AUGUUAAAAGUUUAUAAUAUAAUUAACGGCGUUAACCUUUCUUAUAUAAUUUUAAUAACGCUAAAAAAGAUUACUAAUCGAAUUAGCCUUCUACUUAUUUUAAUAGUUAUCUAUACUAAUUCUUACUUACUAUAUAAAUACCUCGUUAAAUUAAUAAUAAAAAAAAAAAGAGGCUUAUAA